UCCGGUUUGUGCCGGCACCUUGUUUUGAUUUUGGGAGCGGGGCCGGCGGUGAACGGUCAGCGUACCGGGGCCGGGGGGGGAUGUGGGCCGCCCAGCAGGAGGAAGGCCAGCCGCUGCUGGGCCCGGCUUCUGUUGGAAGCCGCCUGUACCGGCGCCGCUGGCUCAUCCUGGCCGCCUUCUCGGCGCUGGGGUUCCUGCAGGGCCUCCUGUGGAACUCGUGGGGCCCCAUCCAGAACUCAGCCAAGCAGGCUCUGGGAUUCAGCACCCUGGACAUCACGCUGCUGGUGCUGUGGGGCCCCAUUGGCUUCCUGCCCUGCUUCAUCUUCAUGUGGCUGAUGGACAAGAAAGGCCUGCGGCUGUCUGUAGUUCUCACUUCCUUCUUCAUGAUGACCGGUGCGUUGCUGCGAUGUCUUCCUGUAGAUAACCAAACAGUUAAGAAAUGGUUGAUCCAUGCUGGACAGCUGCUCAAUGGAUUUGCUGGUCCUGUCAUAAUGAACGCUCCUCCUUUUCUGUCAACAACCUGGUUCCCUCCAGACCAGAGGGCCACAGCCACCGCUGUUGCAUCGUUGUUCAAUUACUUUGGUUCAGCUUGUGCAUUUUUGGUAGGCCCUUUGAUAGUUCCAGCACCUAAUAGUACCACAUCACUGUUUACUGCCUCCAACCAUCACACUGAUUUUAUAAAGGAUCGUAUUCAAGCUCUAUUAUAUGCAGAAUUUGGUGCGACUGUUUUGUUGUUGAUUGUUGUGAUAGCCUACUUCCCAUCUCACCCUCCUCUUCCACCCAGUAUAGCUGCUGCAAGCCAGAGGCUCAAUUACAGAAACAGUAUCUACAGACUCCUUGGCAAUUUCAGGUUUUUGAUGAUUGCAUUGGCUUUUGCUGUGCCUCUGGGAAUAUUAGCAGGAUGGUCAGGCGUCUUAGAUGUAAUUCUAACACCGCUUAAGGUGAGCCAGGUUGAUGCUGGUUGGAUUGGUUUUUGGUCAACAAUUGGUGGCUGUACUGUUGGAAUAUUGAUUGCAAGAUUUGCAGACUUCUUCAGGGGCGUGCUAAAGCUCAUACUGCUCUUGCUAUUCUCUGGAGCCACAUUGUCAUCUGCAUGGGUUGCCCUCACCUGCUUCAACAGUGUCACUCACCUGCCUGUAACACCAGCAACAUUAUAUACAUCCUGCAUAUUAGUCGGGGUAUUUAUAACCAGCAGUGUUCCAUUCUUCUUUGAACUGCUCGUGGAGACUGUGUACCCAGUGCCUGAGGGGAUAACCUGUGGAUUUGUGACCUUCUUGAGUAAUGUCUUCAUGGGAUUGUUAUUAAUGUUCCUGGCAUUUUAUCAUGCAGAUGUUAACUGGUUGAAUUGGUGCCUGACUGCAUCAUGUCUUUUCAGCCUUCUCCUUAUUCUGCUGUUCAAGGAAUCUUACGAUAGACUCUACCUCGAUGUGUUGGUUUCCGUCUAAUAUAGCGAUGCAGGGAACAGCCGAAUUCUGAAGAGAUUGCAAGUUUCUCCUGGAAUACAAAUGCACACUUGGUUGAAAUUGCACAAUUUUUUUUAUGACGACAAAAGGAGUUUUUGUUAACUUCAAACCCACUGUGUUCAGAAGUUGGAAUUGUUAAUUUAAUAUUGUAAAAUUGUAUGUGUGUGUGAAGCAAAAUAAGAUGAUUUGUGUGUUCUCGGAGUAGAAGGGCUGUUUUUUGAAGGCAUUCCUGUUUAGUAAUGAGUACAAUCAAUGCAGACAUCUGAGAGGUUGCGCUGCAGUUUAAGAGCUAUGUACUAGAUCCAGGCAGCAGGACAUCUGGAGGCAACCACAGCUGAACCAUCGCCCUCUUGAUGUCAUUGCCACAAGUACUUCUGUCCAAGCUGAAAAGGCUAAUACUGAAGGAUUGUGAUUUAAUAACAUUGAGCGAGGAAGGUUGGUGGUCAGAUAUGCAUUGAUGCUAUCAAGUGCAAUCUCCCUCCUUGAAUGUAACGACUGACUGGAACCUGCCAGAACAAGUUCAAGUCUAAAAUAUUAUAUUGUCUUGACCUUUCUAUUAGAUGGGCAGUGCAGACAGGUGGUUACUGCAGAUUGCACUGCACUGAAACUGCCAAGAGCAGAUGUUAGUAAUGGACUGAAUACAGAUUAACAGUUUGUCUUGGAAAUGGUUUAGAAUAUUCUAUGCUUAUACUGAUAAUUAUCUCCUGAGAGAUUUCGGUAUGUAGCCAGUCCUAGCUGUUGUGUCUUGCCAAACCUAUUGUUGAUCUUUAUUUCCUCAGUCAACUGUUGUUCAUUAGUUCUUUUCCUGGCAGUCUGGUGUAGCUAUCACUGACAAAUAAUCACAAGCUAUUGAUGUCUUUAAACAGUUGUGAUGGAAAGAAUUGCCUAAACACAAGGGUGCCCCAGAUGCACUGAUACCAAAAGAUACAUCAGAUUCACCACCUGCUCCAGUUCACUCACAUCAUCUUAUGUCAGAAUUCUGGGUUCUCUCCAAAGAACUGAGUGCUUACUGUCGUCAGGAGAACAUUUAAUGAAGUGAUCCAGAAACAUCCUCUAGCUUCGUACGUAACAUCCCUACUAUCAGAGCACAGAUACCAAGUCUAGGAAUCUGCAAUUUUUUAAACAUCCAUAUUUGCAGCUAAUGUUUUCAUCUAGCUUUGAUGAUUGUUCCCUUGCUUGCAGAUGGCUUUUCCCUUCUCCAUCCAUAUCCCUUCCUGCUCCCAGCUUCCCAGAAACCAUGCUCUUCCAUUUCUCACAGAAGUUCUCAAGUGCGCCAGGAUGGUUGAAGCAAACUUACCUGGAGUGUUUUCUUGCACUGAAGCUCAGGGAGUGUCCGGAGAGAAUGUGGUUCUCUCUGAUCAAAGAUGGUCCAGCAUGACGCCACAUUAGACUGGUGACUGUUUGCGGACUUCAACACUUUCUGAUCACGUUUUAAAAGGUGUAUUGCAAAAGGGCAAAUCCAGAAGAAAUAAUGUCAAGUAAUGUGAAUAUCUUGAGUUCAAGGUGACAAUAUUCCCUAAUUAUUGGUUACCUAUAGAAAAACUGGAAGGUUAGCCCCUACAACUAGUAUUUGAGCAGAAACAUUGGACAGCAGUCUUUUGCUGUUAAAUCCAACCCAGGUAUUUAGAGGGAGGCUGGAGGAAUCUGUUGGUAACUGCAGUCCUGUGUUCUGCGCAAAACAUAGACACCAGGGAUAACAACCCCUCCCGUGCUAUCUGGGAAGUGCAUUUGGGGAAUCCAUUGUAAGGUGUAAAGAUUUUUUUCAUGUAUAAAAUCCUAACUUUUCCUGUUAAAUGCUCAAGAAUUUACAAACAGUGAUCAAACACAGACUUUGCCUUUCCUUUCCAUCUAUAUGGAUGUUCUAUUUUGUAAUUGUUUACAAAAUUACAAUUUUAGCAAAGUUUUUAAGCUCUUUGUCUGGAAAAUGAUGUUGCAUUAAAAAUUCUAACGUUUGCUGUUUUGAUCAACUGUGGAUUAGGUUUAUAUACAUUUAAGUUGUAAUAUUUGUAAAGUGACUUGUAGAUCAUUGGUUUUAAUCCAUUGCAAAGGUUAUGUACAGUUCGUUGAGCUUGGUGAAUUGCAGUAUGCAAUUUGUGUAUGUGUUUUGCCAGGCAAAUCUUAGUUAAAUUCUUAAACUGUAGAAAUGUAAAUAAAAUGUCUGGAAAGAAA